AGUAUCCGGUCUUCCUUCGAACCUCGCAUUUCCGUUUAGUACUUAUGAAGCGAUGACGAAGCUCUUUAGUGCAAGGAGCUCCUACCGUAGUACUACCGUAGUAUCACUGUAGUAGAGCGUCGUCGCCGACAUGGCUGACACUAGUUCUACUCGGACCGACGAAGAGGUCGCUGUCAACGACUCUCGACCAAUGCCGAACGGCCACGUCGAGAUCGUAGAAUCUCAGCCGUUCAUCGAUUCCCGACCGGAAUCAGGGCCAAAAUCAACGGCUACUUCUAAAAGUUUCUCACUCUCUGCGUCGUCCUUCUCCACCCCACACGCGGGCCUUCUUUUCCUCCUCCUCCUCUUCCUCUGCGUGCUUAUUGUUCUCCUAAUCCCGCACAGCUUCUUUGCCCCCGAAUCUUUGCCGCUUCUCGACUCAGUUUCCUCGUCCGGAAAUGACGGCGGACUUUCCGGCGAUUCCGAGUUAACUCGACGAAUGGACGAAUGGGAGCAGCGGCUUGACGCUUUCGUGAAACGCGGAGCGAAUGACGGCGAUGACGAUCUAUUGGCUGCGAAAAAUCAGGGUCUAUUAGACCCGAAGAUGCGGAUCUGGCCCAUGCCACGUCAGCUGACGUCGUCCACAGGAAAAGACGCCGCCUGGCCGGCAAUUUUCAGCCCGUUUAGCCGGCUGACCGUCUCGUUUGGCAAGGCCGCCUCAGCGGCCGUCGAGGAUUCCGCUCGAGCCCUAGUAACGAAAUCGUACGACCGUUACCAUCGCGUUAUUUUCGCGCACGAGUAUGGCGACGACUACGCCGAGGUCGACGACUCGCACGCGUCGUCGUUCUCGUCGCGUGCGACGUCGCAGAGGGGGAGCGCGGCGACGGUGGUGGUGAUAGAGCGAGUGGACGUGCGAAUUGCGCGACCUGAGGAGCAGCUGGAUAUUGGGGUGGAUGAGAGCUACAAACUCUCGCUCGGCGACCGAGGCGAACCAGGCACGGCUGUAAUUCAGGCCAACACAUCAGUCGGCGCUCUCAGGGCGCUAGAGACGCUGAGCCAGCUCUGUCGCUACCACUACCCCUCUCGCCUUGUGACUAUCCACGGCGUGCCUCUAAAGGUGGAAGACGCCCCUCGCUUCAAGCACCGCGGACUGCUGAUAGACACGGCCCGCCAUUUCCUUCCAGUGGUGGAGGUCGAGAGGGUGCUAGACGCCAUGUCCUAUGCCAAGAUGAACGUGCUCCACUGGCAUCUAGUGGACGCACAGUCCUUCCCCAUCGAGACGCCCUCCUUCCCGCGCCUGUGGGAGGGCGCUUUCUCCCUGGCAGAGAGAUACACGCUUAAAGACGCCAAACACGUUGUCAGAUAUGCAGCAGCACGCGGCAUCGUGGUCAUCCCUGAGAUUGACACGCCCGCCCAUGCCACCUCAUGGGGAGUGGGCUACCCCGUCCUGUACCCCAGCCCUGACUGCAAGGAGCCCUUGGAUGUUUCCAAUGAGUUCACCUUCGAGCUCAUCAAGGGCGUGCUCACAGAUCUGCGGUCAGUGUUCACAGGCAGCCGGAUACACAUUGGAGGGGAUGAGGUGAAGGAAGAUUGCUGGGCGGAGUCAGAAAGGAUUUCCCAGUGGAUGAAUCAGCAUGGGAUGCAGCCAAGUGAUGCCGUCCGGUACUUUUCCAAUAGGGUCAGAGCCAUUGCCCUGGAGCUUGGAUGGGAGAAGACCAUAGUCUGGGAGGAGUCUUGGCAGGGUUUCAGUGAGGAUCUCAACAAGACAACCACCAUUCUUCAAAACUGGUUAAGUGUUGACAUUAUUGGACGGAUGGCGCAACAAGGCUUCCAAUUACUCUUCAGCAAUGUGUACGGUGGAUGGUACCUCGACUCUAUGGACGUGGAUUGGCACAGAGUGUACACUACGGACCCAGCACAAAACGUUUCACCGGAGAGCCUAUUGGAAGGGGGCGAGGUGUGCAUGUGGGGGGAGAAGGUGGACUCCUCUGACUUCAUGCCCACUAUUUGGCCGCGAGCUGCUGCUGCUGCUGAGCGGAUGUGGAGUCCCAGGGCAUACGCCGAUGCCGCACUAGCAAGCGGAGAGGCGGAGCGGCGGCUGCACGUGUUCCGAUGCCUGCUGAACCGGCGGGGAGUGGAGGCAGCUCCUGUGAGCAACGCCGUGCCCCGCUCCAGUCCCGAAAACCCUGGGGGCUGCCUUGUCCAAUAGAGCAAGUUUCAAGGCAGCUUAGAAAUGCAUCCGCCGGAUCUGAGUAGGCGGGGCGCGGAGGCCGCCCCUGUGAGCAACGCAGUGCCCCGCUCCAGUCCCGAAAACCCCGGGGGCUGCCUUGUCCAAUAGAGAACCCUGCUCUCAAGCAGCAUUUGCGUGCAUGUGUUUUGUUUGGUUCUUGUUCCUAGCACGCAUGCACUGCUCCUGCCAUGAACCCUGGGGGAGGGACUGCCUUGCAAGAUUCAAUGCCCUGAAGAAAGUCUUCAUCUGGGCCCUGCAUUCGCUGCAGUGUAAUGCACUGUACGCCCAUGAAGCCUAUAUAGAACGAAUGUAAUAUUGAUAGGUCAAGGUGACUU